AUGGCUGCCAAAAAGGGUCUUGAAAGAGCUUGCCUUGUGAGUGAGAGGGACACCAAGAAGUACUCCUUGGCCCUAGACAGGAUGGGCUGGCAUCAGAAGAAUUUAAAUGAAGAGAGGCAGCAGCAGGAAGCAGAAGUUACUGAAGCUAAUCCAGCGUAUCACUGUCACGGCUACUCGCAGGCCUAUGAGAACAGAAAAAGGGAGCAGCAUCAAGCCAGGAGGAAGCUCUGUGUAGCAUCAGUAAUUUGCAUCUUCUUCAUGAUUGCUGAGAUUACAGGGGAGUAUAUCGCUGGGAGCCUGGCGGUGAUCACCGACGCGGCACACAUCCUGGUGGACCUGACAAGCUUCCUGAUCAGCCUCUUCUCGUUGUGGCUUGCCUCCAAACCUCCCACCAAACAGUUAACUUUUGGGUGGCACCGAGCAGAAAUUCUGGGAGCUUUGAUGUCUAUGCUUAUCAUUUGGAUGGUGACUGGUGUGUUGACAUAUUUGGCUAGCAUGAGGCUGCUACACCCCGAUUAUGAUAUUGAUGCUACAGUGAUGCUCAUUACCUCUGCUUGUGCCGUGCUUGCCAACAUCCUACUAAGCCUGAUUCUGCACCAGACCGGCCACGGGCACAGCCAUGGGGCACAAGCCAGGGAACAUGUGUCAGUCCCUCCGGAAAAGCCAGCUCUGAGCAAUGCCAGUCUGCGGGCAGCCUUUGUGCACGCCAUUGGAGAUCUAUUCCAGAGUAUUAGUGUGCUAAUUAGCGCACUUAUCAUCUUCUUCAAGCCAGAAUACAAAAUAGCUGACCCAGUCUGCACAUUUGUGUUUUCCAUCUUUGUUUUGGCAACCACCAUCACCAUUUUAAGGGAUAUUUUGAUUGUGUUAAUGGAAGGAACAUCGAAAGGAUUUGCGUAUGAUGCAGUGAAAGCAAGAAUUUUAGCAGUUGAGAAAGUGGAAUCUGUUCACAACCUUCAUCUUUGGUGUCUGACAAUGAAUCAAACUAUUAUAUCUGCUCAUGUUGCCACAGCAGACAGAGCCGACAGCCAGAAGAUUUUGAGAGAUAUUACCCAAGCCCUGUUUGAGCACUACAGCUUCUGCUCUAUCACCAUUCAGAUUGAAACGAGAGAGGAUCAGAAACAAGACUGCAUCUUCUGUCAAGAGCCCAGGGAUUAA